AUGGUGAUAAACAAAGAGAAACGUGAACAGAUUCUUGUACAGAAGAACAUAAAGGACGAAGAGGAGCGUAAGAAGCUUCUGGAAGGCAUCAGACCCAUCAAACUGAAGAAGAACAUCAGAAAUCGACAAGUUGCGGCUCAAGCCGCGGAUACCACAACAUCUUUGAACUCUUUGGUACGAAGGAUGGGAGAUGAAGUCAAACUGGGCGAGCAGAGCACCAUGAUCUUGAGUCAGACUUCAGGGAUGUUGGUCGACACCCAAGGACACAUGGGUAGUAUUGGUAUGACGAUCAGAGCCAGCGGAAAGCUACUCCACAAAUAUGGACGUAGAGAAUUCACGGACAAGAUAUUACUCAUUUUGGCACUUCUUUUGUACUUUGGCGUUUGUAUUUAUAUUCUGAGAAAACGGGUAUUCAGGGUCUUUGAAUGGUGGUAG